CCAAUUCCCGAGAUGCUGUGGACGCCGAGCCUAGCAACCCGGAAGGCUAGGCGGGAUGGUGGGGGCGGGCCCAGUUGGAGGCCAACCAAUAAUAGCGCCCAAAAGGAGCGACGUACGCCCUUCGUCUUCCAGUAGCAGAUGGCACGUUGGACGCAUGCGUUCUAAGGAAAGCUAAGAAAAGGGUCUGCUGGCGGGUCGCGUCGAAGACAUGGAGCAAGGCUAUGGAGGCUAUGGGGCAUGGAGUACUGGGCCUGCCAACACUCAGGGUGCAUAUGGAAGCAGUAUGGCCAGCUGGCAAGGUUAUGAAAACUACAACUACUACAACGCCCAGAACACCAGUGUCUCCACAGGAGCGCCCUAUAAUUAUGGCCCAGCCUCAUGGGAGGCCACCAAAACCAGUGAUGGUGGCCUGGCAGUUGGUAGUUCUGCCAUGCAUAUGGCCUCUUUUGCCCCAGAGCCAUGUACUGACAAUUCCGAUUCACUCAUUGCCAAGAUCAAUCAACGUUUGGACAUGUUGUCCAAGGAAGGAGGCAGAGGUGGGACCAGCAGCAGUGGGGAGGGCGUACAAGACCGAGACAGCUCCUUCCGCUUCCAGCCGUACGAGUCCUACGACUCCAGGCCCUGUUUGCCGGAGCACAAUUCCUACCGCCCCAACUACAGUUAUGAUUAUGACUUUGACGUGGGGGCUGACCGUAAUGGCAGCUUUGGUGGGACAUUCAAUGACUGUCGGGACCCAACCCCAGAACGGGGCUCCCUUGAUGGUUUCUUGAGGGGCCGGGGCCAGGGCCAGGGCCAGGGCCGCUUCCAGGACCGGAACAACUCCAGCACCUUCAUGCGUAGUGACCCCUUCAUGCCACCCUCGGCCUCCGCGGAGCCCCUCUCAACCACCUGGAAUGAGCUGAACUACAUGGGUGGGCGUGGUCUGGGUGGGCCCUCCACCAACAGGCCACCGCCUCCCCUCUUCUCCCAGGCCAUGGCCCCUGACUACGGCAUUAUGGGCAUGCAGGGGGUGGGAGGUUUUGGUAGCACCAUGCCUUAUGGAUGUGGCCGGUCGCAGACUCGGUUUCGGGAUUGGCCCAGAAGGAGAGGGUUUGAGCGCUUUGGACCAGACAUGGGCAGGAAGCGGAAGCAGUUUCCACUGUUUGAAGAAACUGACGCCAAACUGGCCCGUGUUGACAGUGAAGGAGAUCUGUCUGAAAACGAUGAUGGAGCUGGUGACCUACGGUCAGGAGAUGAAGAGUUCAGGGGGGAAGAUGAAUUCUGUGACUCCAGGAAGCAGAGAGGAGAAAAGGAGGAUGAGGACGAGGAUGUGAAGAAGAGACGGGAGAAACAAAGGAGGAGAGACAGGAUGCGCGACCGAGCAGCUGACAGGAUUCAGUUUGCUUGUUCUGUAUGCAAGUUUCGUAGCUUUGAAGACGAAGAAAUUCAAAAGCAUCUGCAAAGCAAAUUUCACAAAGAGACAUUGAGGUUUAUAAGUACCAAACUGCCUGACAAGACAGUGGAGUUCCUCCAGGAGUACAUUAUAAACAGGAAUAAGAAAAUUGAGAAGCGGCGUCAGGAGUUGUUGGAGAAAGAAAGCCCUAAACCCAAACCAGAUCCAUUCAAAGGGAUUGGCCAGGAACAUUUCUUCAAGAAGAUUGAGGCCGCACACUGCUUGGCCUGUGACAUGCUGAUUCCUGCGCAGCACCAGCUCCUUCAGCGGCAUCUGCACUCUGUGGACCAUAACCAUAACCGAAGGUUGGCUGCUGAACAGUUCAAGAAAACAAGUCUUCAUGUGGCUAAGAGUGUUUUGAACAACAAACAUAUAGUGAAGAUGCUGGAAAAAUACCUCAAGGGUGAAGAUCCUUUUGUCAAUGAAACUGCUGAUCUUGAGACAGAAGGAGAUGAAAAUGUAGGAGAGGAGAAGGAGACGACGCCAGAGGAGGUAGCUGCAGAAGUCUUAGCAGAGGUGAUUACAGCAGCAGUGAGGGCUGUGGAGGGAGAAGGAGACCCAGCCACAGACCAUAAUGAAGUCCCAGCUGAAGUGAAAGGCCCUGCCGAUACAGCAGAGGCCAGUAGUGACCCCCACACUGAAAAGCUGCUGGAAGAGCAAACCUGUGGAAUAGCCCCUGAAAAUGGGAACACUGAAGACAAGGACAGAAGUGAUGCUGCUGAGGCCAGAAAUGAAGCCGUGGUGCCAGCAGCAGAGGCAGAAAGCACUGCACCCAUUGCUAUCCCAGGAAUCAUGGAAGAUGAAGUAGGACAGAGUGAUGCAGAGUCCAAAGAUACUCCCCCAGAAUGACCUUUUCUUCCCUGUUUGAAGGGAUGUGUGAUAUCGUGUGCUCUCUUUGGUUUAUAAGCAGUGCUAGGGGUGGGGGUUGUUACUUGAUGGAAAGACUUUGCCAUUUCCUUCCCAAUGUACCUCAAGGAUUGAUGCUAUACAGCGGAUGGCUUCCCACCUUUGUUAGAAUACAAAAAGAGAUAAACCGUUUUCCCAAGUGGCCUUUGGCUGGCUAUCUGUGCACUGCAGUUAGAAUAAUAAAAGUAGAUCUUCCUGAUAUAUGUUAAAUGCUGAAACUGACAACGUGAGGGUAUGUUUUUAUUUGUUACUUGGGAAGCAGCUUGAUAGGAAUACGACUUGCUUGAGAAAUUUUUGUUGUUUAGGGGAAUUCCCUUUAUUCAACCGCAUGGCACAUGCUGUCGGACAUACAGUUCAACCCUCCAUGUGGGUGAGAGCUGAGAUUGUGCCCCCUCACCAACAGUCCUGCCUAAGAUCAGACAAAUUUUAUUAAGGCCUUUAUUUUAGCUUUGGCAUUGAGAUAGCAUCUUGUUCGACCCAGCCUAUCCUCAGAACUCAAUCCUCCAUGUCAGCCUUUAGAGU